CCUAACCCUAUAAAUCCUUCUCUUCCACGCUUCCUCAUUUUCUCUCUCUCUGUUUCUUUUAUUUUCUCGAGAAAAUUCAGAUAGAAAAUCGCCAUUGUUGUUCUUACUAUCAGUCCCAGCGAGAUCAUGGAGAUGGAUCUAUCAGAGGUUAAAGAAAUGGAGAAAGACGAAGAAAUUGAUUCAGAUCUCUCAGACUCAGAUACAGAGGAGCCUGAAGAGAAGAUACUCGACGCCACUUCACUUUCAGCUCUUGAUAUGAUACUCAAGUCUCUGUGGAACAUUAGCGUUUUCGUAAGCAAUCUUUCGAUGGAUUAUGUUCAAGAAGCGAAUCAGAGCCUCACAGAUAAUGAAUCUGUUCCUCUACAAGACAUUCUUCGUAUUUUCAUGCUCAACAAUCUCAGUCUCACUCAUCCUCUGGAAGCAAACGGUGUUUCUAAACUGUUUCUAAACAUCUUGGAGCUUAUCCCUCGCUGGAACUAUCACUUUGAAGUGAAUGAAGUAGCGAAAACGAUUUGCAUUAGGUGCAAGACGGAUAUGGCAUAUUCAGGUGAAACGUCUUAUGGUAUCAUCAUCAAUGCUAAUUCACUCAGAGUAUACAAGUCUGCAUUCAAGGAGUUUACAUUUGAGAAUAUCAUUAAGGCCAGCAUGAUCAAUGUAAAGAUGCUUUGUGACAAGGAAGGAUGUGGGAAACGAAACUAUGUUGAUACUAUGAUAAGUAACCUUCCAUCUGCUUUUAUAGUUGCACUUCAGUGGGAGAACAAUGAGACCGAAAAAGAGAUAUUCGAUACAGCUUCUGUUCUGGCGACUGAAAUAGAUAUUAGUGCUAUAUAUAGAUAUGUAGGUGACAGUGCAUUUACCAAAUACCGUCUUGUCUCAAUGGUUUGGUCGCAUGGAAAUCUAUACAACUGUGUAGCUUAUGAAAACAAUAGAUGGGUCAGACAUUUUUGUUCUGAGAUAGAGGUUAUUGGAGACUGGGAUGGUGUUCUCCGCAUUUUUCGAGAACUGCAUAUUCGACCUGAGAUUCUAUUCUUUGAAAACGCUAUUCUAAAGGACCAGAUGUUUUCCGAGCAGGGAUCUGAAGACUGA